UUUUGUCUUUAGCCAUCAUGACUUCUACCAUGGAGAAGAAUUCUAAGAGCAGAAAACGUAUAUCCUUUGAAGAAAAACUUAAAAUUUUGGAUCGGUUAAAAUCUGGUGAGAAAGUAAUGGUCAUUGCUAACGAUUUAAAAUUAAGCGGGUCAACAAUUCGAACAAUAAAAGAUAAUGAAAACAAAAUAAGGGCUAGAAUUUCCUCUGGAGCUUUAGUAAGUUUGAAUAAAACUGCUCGUAUAAAGGACACUUUAAUGCCUAAAAUGGAAAAAUGUUUGAUGUUAUGGAUAGAAGAUUGCAUUUCAAAGAAUAUUCCUUUGAAUAGUAAUGUGAUAAUGCAAAAGGCAACAAAGAUUUACCAGCAUUUAAAAGAGCUUGAAUCCGUUUCUUUUAAUGAAUCACAUCGAUAUGAAUUUAAAGCCAGUAGUGGUUGGUUUAGCAGAUUUAAGAAUCGAUUUUCCUUGCGCAAUGUCAAAGAUGGAGGAGAAAGAGCAUCAGCCGACACAAAAGCAGCCGAGAGAUUCCGAAAGAAUUUUCUCAAAAUUGUAGAAGAUGGAAAUUACACUGCAGAUCAGGUAUAUAACGCCGACGAAACCUCGUUAUAUUGGAAGAAAAUGCCCAGACGCACUUACAUCUCGAAAAAUAUAAAGUCUGAUUCAGGAUUUAAGGUUUCCAAGGAUAGGAUCACUUUACUUUUAUGUUCAAACGCAUCUGGAGAUAACGUUAUAAAGCCCAUGUUAAUUCACCGUUCAUUAAACCCACGAGCAAUGAAAGGAGUUGACAAAUCAACUCUUCCUGUUUUCUGGCGAGCGACUAAAAAGGCAUGGGUAACACGUGUUUUAUUUCGCGAUUGGUUAUACAAUUGCUUUGUGCCGGAAGUGGAAGAGUACUCAAAAAGAAAAAGUAUCAGUUUCAAGGCUUUGUUACUGGUCGAUAACGCGCCAGGACACAUAGAUUUAAAACAUCCGGCUGUUAAAUUAAUAUUUUUACCUCCCAAUACGACAUCAAUCCUACAACCACAAAACCAGGGAAUAAUUAAAUCAUUUAAAUCAUCGUAUGUACGGCACACAUUUGAACACAUUUUUAAAAAUAUUGAUUGUAAUUCAAGCACUACCACAGUAAUGGACUUGUGGAAAGAUUUUUCAAUUUUAAAUAGCAUUGAAAUUAUUUCGUUAUGUCUGAAGGAACUAAAAUGUUCGAAUCUGAAUGCCAGUUGGGAAAAAUUAUGGCCUGAAGUUGUUAUUAGAGAAGAUCGUUUAACUUCCGUGACAACAGAAGUAAAUCGUAUAAUAAGUAUUGCCCACACUUUAGGUGGAGAGGGAUUCAUGGACAUGAACGAGGAAGAUGUUAUUGAAUUAAUUAAUACUAACCAACAGUUAGAUGAAGAAGAACUUAUGGAACUGGCAGAGUUGUCCGAAUCAAGUGGUGAAGAAGACUCAUUACAAAAUUUCUGUGAGGCAGAGCAACACUUUAAUUUAGUAAAGUUAAAUGAAGGAUUAGAAUUGGCAAAAAAUCUAGAAGAACUUUUUACGAAUAACGAUCCAUCAACAAAGCGCUCUGAGGAAUUUAAGAGAAAAUUGAAAUAUUGUUUAGCUCCAUAUUUUGACGUAAAAGAAGAUUUAGAAAGUACAAUAAUAAAUUGUUGAAAACAUAAGAAGAUACCCUUUCAAAUUAUGAAAAUAAUAGAGAAGAAAGAAGUGAAUCUUUAAGCUAUGAAAUAGCACAACCAACAUUUAAAAGAGGAUGUUGUUGUAUCCUAAUUAUGGAUAGCUCCGACAGUGAAUAAACGUAAAAUAAAAAGUGUAACUACUACUUUUAUUAAUUAAUGCAAAAUGAAUAAGAAAACAUUUUUCAUUUCAAUAUUUGUUUGUUUUGAAGAGAAAUAAAAUAUAUUUUCACUCUUACAUAUUAAAUAAUUAUUUUGCAUCUUUGUUAUGUAUUUGUAUAAGUGUAUGUUUAUGCAUAAGUAAACUGUAUGUGAGCCGCUCAUUUGCCAAAACGAUAAGUUCAUAAAAGGAAAGAUAGAAAAUAUGUAUUGGUAAAUUUUUAUAUAUUUAUUGUGAAAAAAAACAUUUCUUAUUCAACGGCCAUAAAAAUUAUUUAUAUUAAUGAU